GCGCGCCGCCAGGCCCGCGGGCCCGUGGGGCUGGGACCCGGCCCGGGCCUGCCCGAUGGGGCGCGCGGCCCCGGCCAUGAACCCGCGUCCGGCCCCGCGCCCCCGGCCCCGCGCGCCCGGCCCGCCCGCCGCCCGCGUCUCUGCCUGAGUCCCGCGCGCCCCGGCCCGCCGCUCACAGGCCCGCGCCCCCGGCCCGCGCGCGCCAUGGAGCCCGGCCGCGGGGGCACCGAGAUCGUGGGCAGAUUCGAGUUCUCCCGCAAGGACCUGAUCGGGCACGGCGCCUUCGCGGUGGUCUUCAAGGGCCGCCACCGCGAGAAGCAUGACCUGGAGGUCGCGGUCAAGUGCAUUAACAAGAAGAACCUCGCCAAAUCCCAGACUUUGCUGGGGAAGGAAAUCAAAAUCCUUAAGGAACUAAAGCACGAAAACAUCGUGGCACUGUAUGACUUCCAGGAAAUGGCCAAUUCAGUCUACCUGGUCAUGGAGUACUGUAACGGCGGGGACCUGGCUGACUACCUGCACACCAUGCGCACCUUGAGUGAAGACACCAUCAGGCUCUUCCUGCAGCAGAUUGCUGGCGCCAUGCGGCUGCUGCACAGCAAGGGUAUCAUCCAUCGGGACCUGAAGCCCCAGAACAUUCUGCUGUCGAAUCCUGGUGGACGCCGCGCUAACCCCAACAACAUCCGUGUGAAGAUUGCUGACUUCGGGUUUGCCAGGUACCUACAGACCAACAUGAUGGCGGCCACGCUCUGCGGCUCUCCUAUGUACAUGGCCCCUGAAGUCAUCAUGUCCCAGCACUAUGACGGGAAGGCUGAUCUCUGGAGCAUCGGGACCAUUAUUUACCAGUGUCUGACGGGGAAGGCCCCUUUCCAGGCCAGCAGCCCUCAGGACCUGCGCCUGUUCUACGAGAAGAACAAGACACUGGUCCCUGCCAUCCCCCGGGAGACCUCGGCUCCUCUGCGUCAGCUGCUUCUGGCUCUCCUGCAGCGCAACCACAAAGACCGCAUGGACUUUGAUGAGUUUUUCCGCCAUCCCUUCCUGGAUGCCAGUGCCUCUGUCAAGAAGUCCCCACCUGUGCCUGUGCCCUCCUACCCGAGCUCGGGGUCCGGCAGCAGCUCCAGCAGCAGCUCCACUUCUCACCUAGCCUCCCCACCGUCCCUGGGAGAGAUGCCACAGCUGCAGAAAACACUGACUUCCCCUGCUGAUGCUGCUGGCUUCCUGCAGGGAUCCCGUGACUCAGGCGGCAGCAGCAAGGACUCAUGUGACACGGAUGACUUUGUCAUGGUCCCAGCUCAGUUUCCAGGUGACCUGGUUGCUGAGGUGGUCAGUACCAAGCCCCCGCCAGACAGUCUGCUAUGCAGCGGGAGCUCACUGGUGGCCUCUGCUGGCCUGGAGAGCCACGCCCGGACCCCAUCUCCCUCCCCAACCUGCAGCAGCUCUCCCAGCCCCUCAGGCCGGCCUGGCCCCUUCUCCAGUAGCAGGUCUGGCGCCUCUGUCCCCAUCCCGGUCCCCACUCAGGUGCACAACUACCAGCGCAUUGAGCAGAAUCUGCACCCGACACCCCGGUCUUCUGCCCUCCGCAGAUCGGGCAGCACCAGCCCCCUGGGCUUUGCCAGAGCCAGCCCUUCACCCCCGUCUUAUGGUGAUGGAGCUGUCCUGACCAGGAAGUUGUCCCUGGGUGGAGGCCGGCCUUACAUGCCGUCCCCUCAAGUGGGGACCAUCCCCGAGCGGCCGGGCUGGAGCAGGGUGCCUUCACCACAAGGAGCCGACUUGCGGGUCGGCAGGUCCCCGCGUCCAGGCUCUUCUGUGCCCGAGCACUCCCCCCGCACUGCUGGGCUGGGCUGCCGCCUGCACAGUGCCCCAAACCUGUCCGACCUGCACGUUGUGCGCCCCAAGCUGCCCAAGCCCCCCACGGAUCCGCUGGGAGCUGCCUUCAGUCCCCCCCAGGCGAGCCCGCCUCAACCAUGCCCUGUGCUGCAGUCCUGCCGGCCCUUGAGAGGUUCGCCCAAGCUGCCUGACUUCCUCCAGCGGAGUCCCCUGCCCCCCAUCUUGGGCUCCCCUACGAAGGUCAUACCCUCAUUCGACUUUCCCAAGGUCCCUAGCUCCCAGAACCUGUUGACCCUGUUAGCCCGGCAGGGCAUGGUGGUGACACCCCCUCGGAACCGCACAUUGCCUGACCUCUCAGAGGCUGGACCUUUCCAGGGUCAGCCGCUGGGCUCCGGCCUGCGGCCCACUGAGGACACCCGGAGCCCCUUUGGCCGGUCCUUCAGUACCAGCCGCCUUACUGACCUGCUCCUUAAGGCUGCAUUUGGGACACAGGCCUCAGACUCGGGCAGCACGGACAGCCUGCAAGAGAAGCCCAUGGAGAUUGCACCCUCUGCUGGCUUCGGAGGGAACUUGCACCCAGGAGCCCGCUCUGGAGGAUCCAGCAGCCCGUCCCCAGUGGUGUUCACCGUGGGCUCUCCCCCGAGUGGGACCACACCACCCCAGGGACCCCGCACCAGGAUGUUUUCAGUGGGCUCCUCGAGUUCUCUGGGCUCUGCAGGCUCUUCCUCUGCCCGCCACCUGGUGUCUGGGGCCUGCGGUGAGGCCACCCCUGAGCUCCCUGCACUGGGCCAUUGCUGCAGCUUUGCUGACCCUCUUGCUGCCAACCUGGAGGGGGCUGUGACCUUUGAGGCACCUGACCUCCCAGAGGAGACCCUCAUGGAGCAAGAGCACACGGAGAUCCUGCACAGCCUGCGCUUCACGCUCGCGUUCGUCCAGCAAGUCCUAGAGAUUGCAGCCCUGAAGGGCAAUGCCAGUGAGGCGGCCGUGGGCCCCGAGUACCAGCUUCAGGAGAGCAUGGUGGCCGACCAGAUCAGCCUGCUGAGCCGCGAGUGGGGCUUCGCGGAACAGCUGGUGCUGUACCUGAAGGUGGCGGAGUUGCUGUCCUCUGGCCUGCAGACUGCUAUUGACCAGAUCCGGGCUGGCAAGCUCUGCUUGUCAUCCACCGUGAAGCAGGUUGUGCGCAGGCUGAAUGAGCUGUACAAGGCCAGCGUGGUAUCCUGCCAGGGCCUGAGCUUACGACUGCAGCGCUUCCUCUUGGACAAGCAGCGGCUACUAGAUGGCGUCCACAGUGUCACUGCUGAGCGGCUCAUCCUCAGCCAUGCCGUGCACAUGGUGCAGUCAGCCGCCCUGGAUGAGAUGUUUCAGCACCGUGAGGGCUGUGUGCCACGCUACCACAAGGCCCUGCUGCUGCUGGAGGGGCUGCAACACAUGCUCACGGACCAGGCUGACAUCGACAGCAUUGCUAAGUGCAAGCUGUGCAUUGAGCGGAGACUCUCGGCCCUGCUGACUGGCAUCUGUGCCUGACCCUCUGCUGCCUGGCCGACUGUGUCUGAGGAGCUGGACCCUCUCUGCAAACGCUGUAGGGUGGGCUCUGUGUGCUGGCUGCACCAACAGGACAGGUCUGUCCACCUCAGCGUUAAUUUGAUGGUGCUGAGACUGUUGCCAGUCAGCUCCAGCAUGGAUGCUGGGUGGAGCUACGGCGUCUGAAUCCUACAGCCUGGCGUAGCUCUUGCUUCCUUGGCUGCCUGUCUCUGCUGGCAGGUGGACUGCAGGAUGCAGGGGACGGCUCCCUUGGUCUGCUGGGGUUGGAAUUUCUGAACUUGUCUUCCCUGGCUGCCUCCUCCAGCAAGCAGGCACAGAGCCAAGAGGUGGCAGGCUGGCAUAUGUGGGCAUCCGCCACCUUUGAGAGCCCAGGGAAACCUCAAGGACAGGCAGGGCCCUGAGACUGUGUUGCUGAUUCCAAGCCAAAGGGAGCUUUUUCUCAUGGCUCACUUGCCCUGUUACCCAGGAAAAGGGGAGUGGUCUCCCACCCCCCGCGACCCCAUCCCACCAUCUCUCUAGGAACCUCUCCCUCUGAGACCAGCCGCCCAGCUUUGUAAGUCACCUAAGCACUUUAUGCAGACAGACUGGAGAACUCGGCCCCAUAGCGGCCAAUAGCGCAGACCGCUGGGAAGCCAGCUCUUGCCUUCCCAGGUGUUGGACGUGUGCAGAUACACCUGCAUCCUAUAUAAAUAGCCCCAAGUGCACCACUGCCUGUACCUGGCCCUUGAAAGGGAGAUGGACAGGCUCACCCACCAGAGAAGAGACAGUCCUCGUAUUUAAAUGUUCUUUUAGGGACAGUCGGUAUGAAACACGAGCUUUGUAAACACAACAGCUGUUGUAAUCUUCACACUUUACUUCUAAAAUGUGUCUUCUUUUUUCCGCAGCUCAUUUUUUCUUUAAAGAAGGAAACUUAGUUGUUUAAGAAAUUGCUUUGAAAGGGUGGAGGACAGGUUAGAGUGGGACAGGAAGGGUGUGGAAUUGCCACAGAUGCCUAGCUGCCAGAGGUGGUGGCAACCAGAUGUGUGGCUGAGGGUGUGACAAGGCUGCUGUCCAGGCCACCUGCUGAAGUGUAUGUGUGCAUCUGUGGCUGGCUGUUUCCCCACUGUCCUGCUCUGUGGGGUGGGCAGGCAAAGGGGAAUUUGCAACAGGAAAGAUAACACAUAUGCAAAACCUCCCCACAAACUUUCCAGACCGCCUAGAUGGCAGGACUCUUGCGCCUGGUGGCCUUUGGGGUCUGUAGGCCUGUCUUCCGGGCUCCAGGGUGGGUGCAAGCUGGACAACUGCCUGGGCCUCUCUGGUCUGCCAGCCCAUGGCUCAGCUUAGCUCUGCCCAAACCUACUUGAAUGUAUCUUAGUGUCCACGGGAAAAUGUGGGUCUGUGGUUCCCCCAGCAAGGAUUCAAAGUCACAUGCCACAUACACAAAACACGUGUGUUUUCUUUGCAAUACUUGAAAUAUUGCCACUGUGCUUGGACAAACGAGCAUACAUCGCCAAGACUGAUUUCCUUUCUCAUUGCCCCACAGCCACCUUGCUGCAUGUAAGUAAGUGUUGUAUUUAUUGCUUUUUCCGACUGGGAUUCAGAGCUCCAGGGGGCCAGGUGCAGGAGGUGCCUCGCCCACCUCCUGGGCCUUGGCUUCCUGGUGGCCAUGUGCGUGGCUGCUUGCGUGUGCUUUGAGCAGAAUCUCUUCUCCACAAGGUAGUAGUGCCCAGCCCUCUAUCUUUUAAAAUGAAUUUUGUGUGAGUCCCCCCCCUUUUAUGUUUCUCUGUGUAAAACCAAUUUAAGGAAAUAAACCGUUCAAACCCCAGUGCCACCAAAAAAAAACAAGGAAAUAAACCUUUGGAAUUGUUGGUGUGGUGUCACUGGUCACCCUCAUUACUUUGCCACUGUUCUUCGUGUCCAUCUGUGCAGGAUGGCCUACGUCACUCAGCGAGGCAAGGACUCUCAGGGACAGCCGGGUGGAUUUGUUGCUGAGUCCUUCCUAGCAGGAAGCAGCCUCCACCACCAGGCUAAGGGGAGCAGGGGGCCUCUCAAAGGUGACAGCAGGCAGUGCAGCGCCUGGAGUGCAGCUUUCAGUUUUCUCAGAGAUGCACCGGGAGGAUAUUUCAUGGCGCCCCCAGA